AUGUUAAUGUUUCCAAGAAAAAUAAAAAUGUUACUAAACAAAAAAGGUCUUACACUUGUAAAAGCGGCAGUAUUAAUAUUCGUGAUAAGUAUAUAUCUCAUUGUACUUGUAAGAGAAUCAAUGAAUGCAAUGAACAAUAAUGCAAAAUACAAGACUGUAUUGAAAGUAGAUAAAUUUAAAGAAAAUUCUAAUCACCCACGCUAUGAUCACAAGCAAAACUCUGAUACCAAAAGAAAAUUUAAACCACCUUCAUCAUAUUUAAAACCAAAUCAAAAAUUUCAUAAUGUUGCAGAAUUCAAGUCUUCCCUGGAAAACUCAAAAACUGAAUUAGAUAACUCUUCGAUAACUAAUUCUAUUUACGAGUACUCUGAAGAAAUUAACGCAAAAGCCGAAAAUGAUUUUAAUGGACGAAAAGAGCAUUUGUGGAAAGUGUGUGCAAAAAAUAAUAUUAUUGGGAAAUUGACACCAAAUGCUUGGGAAUUUUUUAUUUCAGCAGGGCAUGGAAUAGCUUGGUGUAACGUAUUUAAAGCGGCAAGUACAACGUGGAUGUAUUAUUUGAAUAUUCUCGCUGGAUAUGAUUUAAAAUAUCUACAAAGAACAGUUGCGACCCCAUUGGAACUUGCACGAAAGCGUUUUCCACGUCCAAGUUUAGAGGAUUUAUAUGAAUCUUUGGAAAAUUCAAUAUCAUUUCUUAUAGUAAGAGAGCCAUUUGAAAGAUUACUUUCUGCAUAUCGUAAUAAAAUGGAAGAAGGCAGAAACAACUAUUACAAAUUACUUGGCGAUCAAAUAGUGAAGAGAUUUAGAGGUCAACAACCGUUAAAAAAUGAUCCAUCAGGACCCACUUUUAAAGAAUUCCUUCAAUUUGUAGUUCAGCAUUACAAAUCUGGUGGAAGAUUUGAUGAACAUUGGAGUCCUAUAUAUCAAUUCUGUACUCCUUGUAGUAUCAAUUUUACUUUAAUUGCAAAAAUGGAAACUUUUGAUCGUGAUAGCGAAUAUAUAAUCCGUCAAGCAGGACUAGAAACAUUACUCUUAAAUAAAGUACCCAACACUAAAGUUUCGAAAAUUUCAAACCGCUCAAAAAAUAACACAGCAUCAUUAAUUUCCAGAUAUUUUUCACAAAUCGAUAGGCAUCUGCUUGAGGACAUUCUUGAAAUAUAUCAGUUAGAUUUUGAUUUAUUUAAUUACAAUAGUUCAAAGUAUUGGAAAAUUGUACAACAAAAAAGUGAUAAAGAUAUUAAUAAUCGUUUAGAUUUUGAAUCCGGAAUCUAA